AUCGCGCCGACCGCCACCGAACGCCGAGGCAUUCGGUUUGGAGGAGGCCCAAAUUUCGAUUUAAGGAGAUAAGCUGCGCCGCACAUCCGCACUGCUGAAAGCACGACGCAGAAGGGAGUUUGAUAUCUCCUGAUGUUUGCACUGCCAAUUUUUGGUGGCACUGAUUUGUCUCGAUUGCUCAAAAUCGCCGUGGUUCCUAACACAAGGAAUUCGUCAUCCAGGCUCGAAGCAAUAAGUCGAAGCCACUCGUAGUCAUCUCCUCUACCUCGCCCCGCCAUGCCGUACAACUUGACGACUGCACCACUGACGACAUCAUCAUCUUUUCUGCUGUUGCCAAAUGAAGGAACACUCGGUCUCGUUUCCCGCUUCAAACUUUGUAUAUGUACUUGUAGCUAUUGUGCUGUGCAGCAGCGCUUCAUUUACGAAGUGUGCACCCGUAGGAGGAGACUCUGCUCCUUCCACUGCUGCCAAACAUGCGGACAUACAGGGCUCACGUUAUACAUCGACCGUCAUGCAUCCCGAUCACCCAGUGCGGCAGAGAAAUCGAAAGUACUGGCAUCUUUAUGCUCAACGUGCUAGGAAGACUACCGUGCUCAACGAGACAUUUCCACCGCAGCAUUUGAUUCAGGCAAAUGAGAGCUUCGAUGCAGCUUCAAAGGCGCCAAAUUCACCGAUGAGGGAUGUGAGACUCUCGUUGAAAGAUGGAGCCAGCAACCGAAUCAAUAGACAGGCUAUUGAGCUUGCCGUCGCUCACUACAAGAAGUAUUAUCUGCCGACAAUGGCUCAACUUAAUCUUGGCAUAGGCUUCCGGCGCACUCCGGAGGAGCCAAUAGCGCAUGCAAAGGGGGUCGCGUGGGAUAGCCGGGGCGCAAAACUUCAUGGUGGUGGAGUGACGUCUGAAGGACAUACAUUCGAGGGACAUCACAUCUUCAUGGCGCCCAAUACGGCAGCUGUAAUUAAUCACCGACUCAAUGGUGCUGUGGGAACUACUAGGCCGUAUGGAUAUCCAACCACUAGUGACAAGGAGCGACCGCCUGAUCGCGCAAUGGUCUUCGUUCCUCCAGCUGAUGCUCAUCUAGGCACGCGUACGGGUCGCCCAAGGAUGGUGCUCCGAGACAAAGCCGUCCAAGCGGUGAAACAUCUGCCUGGCAGGGUUAUCUUGCCCGCUGAUUGGGCGGGCUCCAGCAAGCUCUCGCCCGUAAAGAGCAAGGGGCGGGUUCAAAUCGUGCUUGAUCGCCCUGUGUCGGAUGUUCACGGUGCAGCGAUAGACAAGGCUUUGAAUGCGCACAGGGAUAAGUACCACCCGCAGAUCGACAAAUUCAGAGUCCGGAAGACCAUCCAUGCGGACGCGAAAGAGCCGAGGCCUCACAUCACCGCAGCAGCCUACGAUGCCAAAGGAAACAUUGUGCCCGGGGGAGGAAUCACAAGUACUGGCGUACACCAUCGUGAGCACAAGGUAUACCUUGAAGAGGGAACUCUCGUGCACUUGAGCAGAGGCCGGCACGGGAAAGUAGGCCGCAUCGUUCAUGCAGAGGAUCCAGGUCCUAAAGCGAAAGUGUCUUCAACCCGUCACGAUCUCGGCGGACGGUACCCCAUAGUUGACAAAUUCGGACACUGGCCAGGUCAGAGUGGAAGACCACUUCAGAACAGGCGGAAAUCAAGAUCCAAACAUAGCAUUUAUGAGGUGGGAGAAACGAGCACGAGCACGACAAUCAAACCAGAAGCGGCCAGACCGGAGAAGGCCACUCGUCAACUAAGGAUGCCCCAGCGCACAGCUGAAAAGCACUCCGUGAAUCAAGAGGGAUCGCUGGCACCCAUUGGAAAGCGUAGAAGAAUUCCUUUGGGGGCCGCUCCAACACUGUCGCCUCCAGCUACGACAUUGGCCCCCGCUGAGACAAGCAGGGCUCGGAUCAAUGAGCCUUUGCCCUCCCCUGGAAAGGCUACACGCGCUGAUGUAGAAGCCGCUUCCGAUCAUUGGGCGCUCCAUGCUCCUCCAAGCCAAGUGUCUCCCGCACACGAGGCACGUACGAGGCACACGCCGCCUUCUUCCGGCUCGAGUGCCCUACCAGGAGAGCACAUACACCACAGGCCCACAAAUGUCGAGCCUACGGACGCAUUCUGGCAUGCUCACUUGAGCGAUCGCAAUACACCAAAGCGGCUCAGGCUCUCUAGCCAUGCGAUUGCUGCGAUUGCUGCUGGGGUGUCCUCGAAGAAUCCGUCCAGCCAGCAGACGCCUGGCAAGGACUUGCUGCAAAAGGUUCCAACAGUGAGCAGCACGCAUGUGGGAAGCACCACUACCGAGCUGGCGAGGAUUGCAGCCGCACGGGAGACUGCUUCUGGCUUGACGCCGCACGUCGGCGACCACCAACACUUGAGAACGACUUUCUCGAAUACUGGCGCGUACGGCUUGCCCUCGACGGGGCUAGAGCACGAUGUUGCGCCUUUCCAGACGGCAGCGCAUACGAGUGCUCCGGACAAUGCGGGGACGGGUGAAUACGCCCAUCUUCGCGCACAACCCCCAUCACCGAAUCACGACGUGGACACCCGGCACCACUUUGAUUACUCGACGCAGAAGGGCCCUGCGCCUAGUGAACCUGGAGAUCAUCUUGGUAUCGCGACCCAGCGGGAUCCAAGCUUGCUCGACCAUGUUCAUCCGCAAUCCCCUUUGUUGAAUCAUGACUGGCAAAGACUGCACCAAUCUCAGUACUUGCCAGAGCACCACGCUGUGCUCACUCCAUCGAGCGCGCAUGUGGGCGCCCCGCCCAUUUUACACACAGGUGCUCCGUAUCACGUGGACGCUCACUCUCCUCCGCAAGAUCACGACUGGGACGAUCUGCGCCAUCUGCUUCGCACGCCCGUGCACUCGCCUCUGCACUCGCCCGAACGACUCUUUGAGAGUGGGCUCAAGAUUUCGCCCCGCGCACGCUUCUCCCACUGGUAGCUCGUGUGCUUUGAUGGCGGG